UUGAUCUCAUUCCUACACUGUGCCUGAUGAAGGUCGAAAGUGUAUUGAAACAUUGCUUCAAUAAAACUAGGUCCUGGGAGUAAAAUUCACUCUGUGGGUAAACAUACCCUUUCAUUUACACACUUCUGACUAGCACCUGAACCCAACUUUAAUAUUAAAUGUGCGCACUGACAGAUCCUUUCUGCCCAUUUGGGCUGCAGGACAGUUAUCUCCACCUCAGCAUUUGAGGAGCGAUUGUCAAUCCAACUUGAUACCCUCUCCUCCCCCCAUUUUCCUCCUGGCGCUCCUUAACCAUUCCCUUUCCCAUCGGCAGAGGUCGCUUGGCAUUUGGUAUGAAGAGAACGGUCGAACUCCCAAUCGAAAUUAACGCAUGGGUACACACUCCCACAUGACAAAGCAGAUAGGGAAAGCCAGUGAGUGCGCUACGGAAAAUAGACUAACACUAACGUUAGGUAAAACAACAGUUUUAUGCGUAGCCAUAAAUAACAUACAUUAUUAUCUGUCGUUGUUAAAGAGUUUGUCUGACUCGCAUCAGUUUUCUGGCCGAUCAGAAGCCACGUCUGUUCUUUUUCAAAGUGAACUUGCAUGUAUUUACUACGUUAAGUUAAUAUAUUGUAAAAAUUGACCGGGCAUCUCUGUUAGUUCGAGGUUGAUGUUGAACUAAAGACUGCGGACGGAUAUGAGGAAAGAGUGCUUGGAAGAGACUCAACCCCCUUUUUCUUUCAAUUCCUCUGUUUCUUUUUGUUUGGUUUGACAAUAGAGCGGGAGAGAGAGAGAGCGAGAGAGCGGGAGAGAGAGAGAGAGAGAGAGCGAGAGCGAGAGAGAGAGAGAGAGAGGACUCACACAGACGCUGAACCUGUUUUCAUGCCGUCAGUCUUGCGGACUCUGAGAUGGACGUGAGAUUUUAUCCUGCACCUCCUUCAAGCGUGGGCUCAUGUACAUUACCUACUGACUCCAGUCUCGGCUCUUUGGACUAUUACCACUGCAACAAGAGCAGAUACGGUGUAGGAGAUCGUGGUGUUAGGCUCUACGGCGGCUUGCCCGUGAGGCCCAACCCUGACGGGAAAAGGCUGCCCUCUACAGGGUUUGAUGGUGAAAACAUGUACAUGAAUGAAAACAACCAAGAGUUUCUUUCUCCCAAUCAGAUGCACCGCGCACAUUGGGGAAGCUCGGCAGGCCACAAGAACUACUCCGCUCAGGGAGGCACCGGAAAUAGUGGCAACGGCGGUGGCGACGAGGACUACGAGAUCCCGCCUAUCACCCCACCCAACCACCCAGAACCCCCCCUGCUGCACCUGAUGGAUCCCGAGUCCAGCUACCUGUGCCACUCCCUGCCCCACAAUGGCCUGAUCAACCCCUAUUCUUACCCGGAGCUGCCCGCCCUCAUGAUGUCCAACAUGCUGGCUCAGGACGGCCACCUCCUCUCCAGCCAAAUGCCCUCUAUCCAGGAGCUGUCUCGUCAGGACCGCCCCCAUUACCACACUGCCCGCCCUCCCCCCAUGCUAAGCAGGUCUCCUAGGAUACUGCCCCACCCAAUGAGUGCCCUUUCCCAACUCAGCUCUCAGAUUGGCCGUGGUGGCCUCCCCCAUGGUUCCCCCUCACCACCAGGAAGUAAAUCAGCCACGCCCUCCCCCUCAAGCUCCGCCCAGGAAGAGGAAACAGAUUACCACUCAAAGAUCACAGGAGAGAAGAGGCCCUCCUCCGAGAUGAACAAGCCCAAGCCCAAGCCCCAGAAGAAGAAGAAGAAGAAGGACCCCAACGAGCCACAGAAGCCCGUCUCAGCCUACGCCCUCUUCUUCAGGGACACCCAGGCAGCCAUAAAGGGCUCAAACCCCAACGCCACCUUUGGGGACGUGUCCAAGAUUGUGGCGUCUAUGUGGGACAGUCUAGGCGAAGAGCAGAAACAGGCAUACAAGAGGAAAACGGAGGCUGCUAAGAAAGAGUACCUGAAAGCCCUGGCAGCAUACCGAGCCAGCCUGGUUUCCAAGAGCUACAAUGACCCAGUGGACACAAAAAGUUCCCAGUCAAACCAGCCUUCCCACAUGAUGCCACCCAACCCGCCACUGUACAGCGUGCCGCCCCAACCCUCCUCCCCGUACCUGGGGCCGAGCCCCUUCCCCCUGCCGGAGCAACUGCAGAGCUACGCCGGGGCCCAGCGCCACGGGCUCUCACGGCCCCUGGGCCAGCCCUCCAUGCUCCCCAGUCUCAGUGCCUCUCCCCCCUCCUCCUUCCAGAUCAGCCCUCCCCUACACCAACAGCUCUCCCUGCACCAGGGCUCCCUUCUCAACCAGCCAAUCCGCAUGCAGCAGGUCCAGUCACAGCCAAUCAUCUCACACCAGAUGGGGCUGCAGAGCUCCCUCCACUCCCCGCCUCCCGGGCAGCAGGGAUUCUCUCACCUACAGUCAGAGUAUCAGAAGAGUGUUGGGGGCUCCCAGUCCCCUGGCGCCCCAAACCAGGGCCAAAACCCAGACUGGGACAGUGAAUACUGCAAUCGGGAAUGCGGAGGAAACCACUGCAGUGGCAGCAUGUUAGCCAGGGACAAGCCACUCUACCUCACUUGAAGCGGGCCAGAGGGACAGAGGAGCUAAAGACACCAGGGAGUCCCCACCACCUCUCCACCCCCCCACCCCCA